AUGGCUUGGAAAGAAGAAUCCUUCUACACUUACAUCAAAAAGCAAUUUGGCGCUCGUAUACAAAGGCUAAAGCAAAUUCACAGAGGGAUAAAUCUUGCAGUGCAGGCUGCACAAGCCAGAGAUGAGACACUGGAGCCAAAGCAUUCUCGGACAUUGAUUUCAAAGCCAUUACUGGCUUUCACCAGUCUGGACCUUCAGCACUUUGCAGACGCCAAAAAGGAGUUUGCUCAUGUAGUUGCGGCGGAGGAGAUGAUUGUUCGGCAAGCAACAAUCCUGUCGUAA